AUGGCGACUUUUGCAAUAUUUCGCUCCACGCGAGCUUUCUCUCCACGACGAAGCUUCCAGAGAUGCCUAAUUGGUUUCAUAGAACCUCGCCGGAACAUGUCCUCCUACCUAGUGACCCCCGCUGAGCUGGCAGAUGCUCUAAAGAAAAGUCCGCCAUCACCUAUCAGUCCCGAGCCUCGAGUUAUUCCUUUAUGCGCCUCAUGGUUCUUACCAAAUGACGAGCGAAAGGGCAUUGACGUCUUCAUCGAGAAGCGAAUACCAAAGGCCCGCUUCUUUGAUCUCGAUAAGGUCAACGAUAAACGGAGUCCAUAUCCCCAUAUGCUACCGAGCGCCAAGACAUUCGCAGAAGCAAUGAGCUCUCUUGGUAUUCGAAAGGAUGAUACAGUAGUUGUCUACGACUCAAAAGAGCAGGGUAUUUUCAGUGCGCCAAGAGUAGCGUGGACCCUUAGGGUAUUUGGUCACCCCAAGGUACAUAUUCUGAACAACUUUAAGUUGUGGGUGGAGCAAGGCCUUCCCACUGAGUCGGGCGAACUCUACAGCGUAGAAUGCAACCCGUACCCAAUUCCCAAGACAGACGAAACCCAGGUCGCAAGCUUCGAACAGGUGCGGGAGGUUGCCCUAGAUUAUAAUAAGGAAGGCUCCGAAGGGAUUCAGAUCAUCGACGCAAGACCUGCUGGGAGAUUUACCGGCAAGGACCCCGAGCCCAGAGAGGGUCUCUCAUCCGGCCAUAUGCCGGGUUCUAUCAAUAUUCCUUUUAGUGCCGUCCUCGACCCCGAGACCAAGGCAUUCUUGCCCAAGGAGCAACUACAGAAGUUGUUUAAGGAGAAGGGGAUAGAUCCGACCAAGCCGAUCAUAUCGUCAUGUGGCACGGGAGUAACGGCAGUUGUCAUCGAUACUGCUCUCGAGGAAGCAGGGUACGGUUCUUUCGAGACUCGGCGGGUCUACGAUGGUAGCUGGACUGAGUGGGCACAACGAGUCAAUCCUUCGGAUUCAUUGAUCCGCAAGGACGAGUAG